GUCCCCCCCCCACCCCGUUAAGAUGUCUCCUCUCCGCCCUCAGACCCAUCAGCCCCCUGCUGGACCAGAACCCGCCCGACUUCAGCGCCUUCUGCUCGGUGUCCGAGUGGCUGGAGGCCAUCAAGAUGGAGCGUUACCGCGACAACUUCAGUACAACUCCCUGCAGUCGGUGGCCCGCAUGUCCAUCGAGGACGUCAUGAGCCUGGGCAUCUCGCUGGUGGGGCACCAGAAGAAGGUGAUGAGCAGCAUCCAGACCAUGAGAGCCCAGGUGCUGCACCUCCACGGGACGGGAGUGCAGGUGUGACCGGCCUCGUCUGGACCAGCUCAGCCAGGGAGCCCCUCUGGGGGGGCCCACGGGACAAUCAGGAGGCCUCCCCAGGGACCACCGCCCCGGAUGCAUCCAUUCCUUUGUUUCCUCGGGGGGGGGGGGGGGGGGGGGGGGGGUGUAUGUCGGACCCUCCGUCUUCUGGGAGAGGCCACUAAGGAGAGGAUAAGGACUUGGAUUAUUGGGGCGGGGUCUGGGUGUUGAAGAUGUCUACCACAUAUCAAAGGAGCGAUGGACCUUUCACCCCCAGGUUCCUCUACCUUCAUGGACCAUUCAGCACACCAUGAAUAUGGAUUUCCUUUAACAAACAGAAUUAUUGUUUCCUUGUGGUGGCUUUUCAGUAUUUUUUCCCUUUUUUAUUUUAAUUUGAUUGAGUCCCCGCCAGACACUUUUCAGCUUAACGAUAGCUUAUUUUAUAGUUUUUCUUUGGACUUGACAACAGGGUAAACCAUCUAAUCAAAAAGCAGAGCGUGAACAAAGACUGAGCCUUUUGGUUGGACUCUAAACCGGUACUUCUCCCAGUUUGUGUUGAGACUUACUGGGGACAUUUUGAAUGUUUCAGUUACGUUAUUUUCUCCCCAUACGGCUGUGUCCACUUCAACACGUUCUCCUGGACUCCUGGUCCCUUCUGGGGACGACUGGACGUCCCACAGACCUUCUGAUGAAUGGAGUUUUUGGAAGUCUUCCGAGGUCUCCAGAUCUUGGAGGUCUUCCGAGUUCUCCAGUUCUUGGAGGUCUUCUGAGGAGUAGAGGUCUCAGAGGUCUUCUGAGGACUUCAGGUCUCGGAGGUCUUCCGAGGACUGGAGGUCUCGGAGGUCUUCUGAGGACUGGAGUUCUCGGAGGUCUUCUGAGGACUGGAGGUAUUGGAGGUCUUCUGAGGACUCGGGAUCUCGGAGCUCUUCUGAGGCCGGUGGGGAGGUCACUGUCCACUUUACUUUUUCACACACAUUUCUCACACUUUAAGACGGACGUGGGAGCUUUCAAAAAGCACAGAAUGCCGCUUUGGAAGAUGACGACCACCACUAAGACACUGAAGACAAAAAUGGAUUUGUGGAAGGACCGCAAACUUGGGUAUCAGUGUAGCAAUAUUUUAUUUGUCUGUAGUCUUCACAGCAGGAAGUGCUUGACAGGAAGUGCUUGAAUUUUCUGUCAGGUGUCCUCAAACGUUUCUUUUAGUUUUAUUAGAGGAUAUUUUAGCACCAUUUGAAGAUUGUAUUGUAACUCUAGCCACCGUUGAUUAUUCUGCCAUUGUUUUGCCUAAAAUACUAUGUUGCACACAAUGUUUAAUAUAUGAACUGUUGAGCUGCAUAUGUACCUAGGGGUGAAUCUAUGGAAAGUGUAAAUUUUACAAGUACUGCCUUAAAAUGUGCUAGGUUAUGCCGCUGUUUUAGGCACUUGGAUGGCAAUGCUUUACGCGGUUUCCGUUAGAUAUCGGUCUACUCUCAGCAGGCGACCAAUCAGCUCCUAACGCUCUUCUUGGUUACCUUCUUAUCAGGAAAUGGAGGCGAUUCAAAUCAAGUGCAUAAAAUACGUCUGAUGGGCAAGUUCGGCUCGUCUGCAGGACGGGUCGGCGAAACAGAGCAAUAAUUAGCAGGUCGAAGUUGUCCUCACCUGGGAAUCAAAGGUGCUAGCUGUGUUAGCCUCACAGUGUGCGGACGCUUUGGGAAUAUCUUGUCCUCCUGAGAGAGAGCGAGAACUCUCCGACCUGAAGCGACUGGACUCGCACCUCGCGGUCAUAAAGACGGGUUCUCUCUGCGAGACGCCACCGGGCGCUUAGCGCUCGAUGAGAGAGGAAGAGGGGACGGAUGAGAAGGGAAGAUGGUUGUUUGUGUUGCCGCGUUGACGAGGGCCUGUUCCCAAAACAGUAGAAGGGUGCCAAUGUCACUUCCAGGUGAUGAUGUCACUCCGAUGAUGUCAAAGUCCCUCCAUUUCAAUCCAGACGAGCGCUUUGGGGAAAGCUUGCGUUACCAGAUGACAAACCCCCCCGUGUGUAGACGCACCCCAAACGACCUCUGAAAAGGGGGGCCUCUCGUUAGUGUCGUGUGAGUCUGAAUGAUUCCUCCUCACUCACACGGGUUAUCUCCCCUCACCCCCCCGCCCCCCUGAGGUCCACCUAACCAGAACGCCUGAUACGGGUUUAGGAGGAGGAGCCAAAACAACGCUGGAGUCAGCCGUAAACCGGACCGAUCGGGUCCCUUCUGGACUCUACCCCGAGAACCAGAGGGGCGGAUCCUGACAGCACAGAGAUGUACUGUGAAAUCAAUCCCCCCCCCCCCCGUCCCCUGCCCCCCCGCCCCCCUGUAGCGGCGUGAUUGAUCACACAUCCUGGCGUCUCCUCCACCGCCCGCCCGCCGAGAGCCAAUCAGGCAUCAGGUGGCGUCCUCUCUGGCGUGGAGCUGAGCCGCGUCGGGGGCGGCUGUUCAAUGGAAACACUUUCCCUCAUAUUGGAGAAGGAGCCAACUGCUGCUGCCUGCGAGAUAAAUGCAUCAUCUAUCCCCACAAUCCCCCCCCCCCCCGCCCCCCCCUCCCUUCCCCUGCUUCCCUUUUUAAUCUCUCGUUUAUGGCGGAGAUGAAACGCUCCUCGCGGGCGCGUCGCCGUGACAACCGGCCCCUCCCCCUCUCUCCGUCUGUUCCUCUCUGUGGUCCUGGAACGGGGGGCUCGAAGCCACCGGAGAGGGCCCUGGGUCUCACACACACACACACACAGACACACGCACACGCACACACUCGUGCUCACCCACACACACGCACACACUCUCGUGCUCACACGCACACACACACUCACACUCUCGUGCACACACACACACACACACACACACACAAACUCACACUCGUGCUCACACACACACACCAGGCCUUUCUCGGGCGUUUCAGCUGGCCCGGCGUCAGCUUUGAAUUGUAGAGCGUUCUAAAGUCCUUCAGUCAGCACAAAACUCCUCGACAUCAAAAGCAGCAGUCAGUCCCCUCUUCUCACUCCCCCACCUCCUCCUCCUCCUCCUCCUCCUCCUCCUCCUCCUCCUCCUCCUGCACCACCUCCACCUCCUCCACCACCACCUGCGACAAUUCUUCCACCCUUCACCCUCCCCCCCCCCACCCCCCCCCUUGCCUGCUCUGAUCUGAAAUUGAGGGGCUACAGUAGUCCUGGAGCCCUGGGGCUAGAACUUUCUCUCUCUAUCUAUCUGUCUCUCUCUCUCUCACACACUUUUAUCUCUCUGUCACCCUCCCUCCCUCUCUCUCUCUCUCUCUCUCUCUCUCUCUCUCUCUCUCUCUCUCUCUCUCUCUGUCUCUCUGUCUCUCUGUCACCCUCCCUCUCUCUCCCCUCUCUCCCUGUGUCUCUCCCUCCCCUCUCUCUCUGUGUCUCUCUCUCCCCUCUCUCUCUCCCCUCUCUCCCUGUGUCUCUCUCCCCUCUCUCCCUCUCUCCCUCUCUCGCGGUGGUCCUCUUGUCGAAGCAGCACUUUGAGCCAAAUUGAGAUUACGUCCGGGGAUGCGAUCGAUCCUCGUGUAGAACCCGAGGUGACCUUCACCAACAGUCACCUUCUACCCGUCCUCCUGGUUUACCCGCCUCGUCCCUUCUGAACCGGGUAGAGGGAGGGGAGGGGAAAUGAAAAACAACGUGAACUCGACUAAAAGUGCAAAAGCACGACUUCUGUCGAGGGUCGUUCUGUGUUUUACGGUCAACGGAUACGAGGAAGGUGUGGAAUGUUCUGGGUUGAGGGAUUCAGGAACACCAAAACGUUCCAGAACGUUCUUUUUUUUAAGAAACCCUGUGGUUCAGUGGAGGGACAUCGUGAAAGCUGAUUGGUUGGUUUUGGCGGGUAAUUCCAAAGAGUUCAGCACUGCUGAUUGUGGCGGGAAAUGAGGGGCGGGCGAGAGACUUUGUAUGCGUUCUAAUUGUAAAACUUGUACAUUUUAUUUAUAUUGUUUUUUUUACACAUAUUACUCAGUAGUGAGCUCUGAAUACGUUGAAAAUGCACUAUAUUUUUCUAUCUCACACGCAGAUGAUAAAUGUCACCCACACUAUUUCAGUUGUACAUCAUUUGUUUUCAUUUAGGACCAAAGACAGCCGAUAGGAAUUCCAUCUUGAAUUGUUUUUUUUCCCGCCUUUUAGUUUAUUGUACAGUAAUACAAAAUGUUGAUUUAUUAUUUAUUUUUCUGUGUUUAAAAAGUAUUGAGAAUAUUCACUGGUCAGAAGUAUUUUCCCCAACCACAAACUGUAAAAAACAUUUAAUUAGACGAUUUCUAGUUACAUAGACAAUUCUUUUUGCUUUGUAACCUUUGUAAUAGACUGUACAUAUAUUUUUGGAAAUAUAAUACAAUCUCUACAGAA